UCCUCCCCAUCUUCAGCAGUCAAUCCGUCUUCGCUUCUUUUAUUUGUACUUAUUAUUUUUAUUUUAAAAAAAGAGAACUUUAAUGGAAAUUGACAGAAAAGAACCUAUAUAUUGAGCAAAAGGCGACUCUUUUAAACGUGUUUUCCAGUUCGUUUUUGGCCAGAACCCGACCCUCCUCCGAACCGCGCCGCGCCGCUUGGCCCCGACCAGAAGAAGGCCACUCACAGCACCCUCCCACCGACUCGUUCUUUUGCUGGCGGUGGAAUCACAGACGCAAAGCCUUGCUCUCUUCUCUUCUUUGCCCCGCGGAGAUAUGCCACAAGAGCUUCCGGGGUUCUACUUCGAUGCGGAGAAGAACAGGUACUUCCCCAUCAAAGGCCCCAUUCCUGGCUCCAAAUCAAAACCCUCCAGCUCCACCCCAAGCCCCACCCCCACUCGGCGUGGACCCGUCUCGAGCCGAACAUCCAUUCUUCUUGAUGCGAGGGAAUUGAAUGGCAAUCCUUUAUGGUUGAAGCGCGCCAAGUGUAGAUUCCAGGACGAGUUCCUCAAGAUUCGGGCUUCCCGUCCUCAGGUGUGGGCAUUUCACGGGACAGACAAGAUAGCUGAUGGUGCUUUGGAACAGAUGCGUCUCCGUAUAAUGACACCAGAGGGUCAAACUGCAACGGUUGGCCUGCUGGCUGGGGGCAGAAAUGGCUCUUUGAGUUUUUGUGAAGUUGGAAAAGUUGGCCAACAUUUUGAUUAUGGGGUAAAAUGCAUGCCAGAACAUGUGUGGCCUCUCAAAAGAGAACAUGAAGAGUGCAAGGUACCUGUUCAUCUUUGGAGACCUCCAACUGUACAAUUUUCUUCAGAUGUCUCCUGCAUUAAAAUGCCAGGAAGGCGAUCCAUUAUAGUUGAUGGUGAUCAUAUUCAACAUGCACUGAUUACUACUUUAGGUUCAGAGAGAUCUGGUGGUUCUGUUCAUAUUCUUAAUCUAGCUGAACCUUUUGAUUUUCCUCUGCAUACUUCAACUAUAAGGCGGAGGCUGCAUGAUGUUACUUCUUUCCAUUGCACCAUAUGGACAGCAGAUUGCUCUUCUAAUGGCAGUCGAGCAAUUGUUGGCACGAAUCUGGGAGCUGCAUUGGUCAAUUUGGAAAGUGGGGUGGUAUCCUGGGUGUGUCGUGGUAAAAGUGAUGUUCUCGCGCUGCAAUUUGACCAGUUGGGAAAUAUCGCAUUGUGCGGAUUCAGAAAUGGGGCUAUUGUUACAGUCGAUGUCCGAGAAAACCAAGGGUUGUCUUCUUCUAGACUGAUUAGUCAUCAGAUACCUUCCUCUCCUUCAGAAAGAUUUCGUGGGCAUUCUCAAAAGCAGUGGUUUAAGCUCUCUGGAAAAAUAUAUCCAACCGAUACAACUUAUAUGCCUAAGUCUAUUUGCAGUUUGGUGUCACUCCAGUUGUACGACCAAUACUUCUUAGCGAGUUCUAUGGAUGGCACGAUCAAUCUGUAUGAUCAUCGCCAAAUUAAAAAAGGGCCUAUGCAGUCCUAUGAAGGGCAAGUGAAUUCCCAUACCCAUACACAGCUUGGGACGGACCCGUCAGAGAAAUUUCUGUUGUCAGGUGGAGAGGACUUCUAUAUGCGGCUCUGGAAUAUCAAGUCUGGGAAACUUCUGUUUGAGGAUAGAUUUUCAACUUCGGUCCCCUUAGUUUCUUGCUGCCAGUCGACUGAAAGAUAUCCAAGCGAGUUGGAUGGCAGACAAAACCAUAUGGGAUACUCACAUGGGCAGCAUGAGAGCUGGGGGUCGUGGGUUGGGUCACGGGAUGGAUUAUACUAUGUGCAAUGGUACUGAUUCAUGAUUCUGAUAUAUGACUCUCCAUUAUUAACGAUCCAUGCAUCUGGAAAAUGAAUGCUGAAGUUGGAUGCUCAAGCCUUGCUGGCGCGUCGGGACAUCAUUCCAAUUUGACCUUUUACACUCCCGGGUUGUGAUAACCACUUUCGAGUGUCUUGAGGAAUAACUCAUCUCCAUGGAGGAUACGAACUGAGGUUCAUUCACGAGACCUUUUUUUCCCCCAAGAAGCAGUGCUGACUUUAUAUAGCUAUAACUUUUCUUCUUAGUUCAACAAUAGUGAGCAAAUUCUUAAACCUGUUUCUUAGGCUGCAUAGUGUUUUUUUUUUCCCUUUUGUUGUUCAGUAAACAGACGUAAGUUUAUAAAAGUUAGCUUCUGUGCUUUCUAAAGUAUUGAAGCCUUUGCGUGGAUGUAGCUAUUCUUGUAGUACUAUCUUUGCCUUCAUUUCAACUGGCUUCUCACUACUGUGAGAGAAUGUAGCUGUUACACUUGUGGAAUGGAGUGAUUGAAUUUAUUAGGGA